UGGGGCCCACCGCAGGCUUCAUCAGCAAAGCCUUCUGUUCUUGUAAAUAGGACAAAUCUAGACUGCAAGGCCGCCGCAAGUGGGCAGCCUCCCGGCCUAAGGACGCGUGAAGCCGCUAUCCUAGCUCUUUCGCAAGGAUCACCAACUAAAUUGUAAAUUUGUUGCAACCAUGAGCUCCGACGUGCAAGCUAAAUUGAGCGGACUGCUCGGGGACAUUGGCGUCAAGUGCACCCUUGCCUUUGCUGGCACUGUUGCUGCCGGCGCGGCCAUUGUUGUGCCCAGCGGCAAGCAGGUUGAGGCUGCCUCUCUCGACAUCUACGGGCGGCCACCGUCGCAGCUUCUGCCCAACGAGCGCCGUGCCGCUGAGUUCGCGGCGGGCCACCGGCGCUGGAAGGGCUUCGUGGACAACUCCAUCUACAGCUGGACCCGCACGCUACCCGGGCAUGACAACCCGAUCGUGAACCCCUACAAGGGGCCACGGCGCCCACAGCGGCCGCAGCAGAAGCUGGAGGAGGAGGUCGAGGCAGCGGCCAAGCAGGAGUAAAGCAGCAGGUGGCGAUCACGGCAAAUCUGGCGUGUGUGCUGUUUGCAUGACCAGGAUGUGGUGGGCAAAGGCUGGAUUACUGGCAGAGAUGGGGCUGUAUACGGUGUACAGCGUCGAUUAUUAGCGCCUGAGCAUGUGGGUGAUGUAGCUGGCAUUAGAGGGGUGCGGUGCAGCGCAGGGGGCGCAUUGGUUGGACAUUAUAAUUGCUACGGCACCGACCCAGGGCCGCCACACCCACCAGGGCGGACGGGGACUACUGUAGUACGAGGUUUCAGGACUAACGGGCUGUGGAUUAGGGAACGGCAACUCACGGCGCGGCGUGCCGGCGCCCGGCGGCAGGUAACAUGACGAAGUGACGGUGCACGGAUGGACAGGAUGGACGUACGCGACACAUUGACACUUUAAGUUCUUGUGCUCU